GCAAAAGAGCCUAUGGGAAAGAGCCUGUUCGUGUGGGUCCCCGGUGCCCUGUACUUUCUUCCCAGGUUCAUUGGGUCCUUGUGCGAGCCACGAAAGGGAAAAAGGGUGAGGAGCUCCGGGCAGGAUGGAGGGGGGGCACUCCCUGACUCAAAUUUGAGUGACGAGCCAGCGCAGUUUCCUCCGGCCGGCCCCGCUCCGCAUGUGUGUCACACACCCAGGCUCAUGAUUCAUCUUCUGGACGGCUCAAAACCCAGAGGUUUUGCCCCAGAGCUGCUCUCCAUCGCUCACGGCGGGGCUGGUCCCGACACCCCCCGGUACCCCGGGGCUCGGAGAAGAUGGGGAAGCUCCGCGUCGCCCUCGGCAUCCUCGUGCUCUGCGCUGCUGGCAGCUGGGGGGGUAACAUCUGCACCACUCGAGGGGUGAACUCCUGCAAGCAGUGCCUGGCCGUGAGCCCCCUCUGCGCCUGGUGCUCCGCGAAGACCAUGGCACAGUCGUCCCCACGCUGCGACCUGCGCGCCAACCUCCUGCAGAACGGCUGCAGGCAGGACUUAAUCGAGUUCCCCACCAGCAGCAUCACCGUCCUGGAGGACCGACCGCUCAGCGACAAGGGCUCAGGGGGCUCCACCACCACCCAGAUGAGACCCCAGAGAAUAGAGCUGAAGCUGCGGCCGGAUGACUCCCAGAUCUUCCAAGUCCAAGUGCGUCAAGUGGAAGAUUAUCCUGUGGACAUCUACUACCUGAUGGACCUGUCCAACUCCAUGAAGGACGAUCUGAGGAACAUCCAGAACCUGGGCACCACGCUGGCCAGCGAGAUGCGCAAGCUCACCAGCAAUCUGCGCAUCGGUUUUGGGGCCUUUGUGGACAAGCCCAUUUCCCCCUACAUGUAUAUCUCUCCUCCAGAAGCCAUCACAAACCCUUGCUAUGAGAUUGGGGAAACGUGCUUACCCAUGUUUGGGUACAAGCACGUCCUGUCACUCACGGACGAGGUGAUGCGCUUCAACGAGGAGGUGCGCAAGCAAAGUGUCUCGCGGAACCGCGACGCACCUGAGGGCGGCUUCGAUGCCAUCAUCCAGGCCACCGUGUGCGAUGAGAAGAUUGGCUGGAGGCACGACGCUUCCCACCUGCUCGUCUUCACCACGGACGCCAAGACCCACAUUGCGCUGGACGGGAGGCUGGCCGGCAUCGUGCAGCCCAACGAUGCCCAGUGCCACAUCGACAAGGACAACUUCUACUCAGCCUCCACCACACUGGACUACCCCUCUCUGGGCCUGAUGACAGAGAAACUCUCGCAGAAGAACAUCAACUUGAUCUUUGCCGUGACAGACACAGUUGUUGGGCUCUACCAGAACUACAGUGAGCUGAUCCCAGGAACCACCGUGGGCACCUUGUCGAGAGACUCCAGCAAUGUCCUGCAGCUCAUAGUGGACUCCUAUGGGAAAAUCCGCUCCAAGGUGGAGCUGGAGGUGCGUGACCUCCCUGAAGAGCUGUCCCUGUCCUUCAAUGCCACCUGCCUCAACAACGAGGUCAUCCCUGGGCUCAAGUCCUGUGUGGGGCUCAAGAUCGGGGACACGGUGAGCUUCAGCAUCGAGGCCAAGGUGCGAGGAUGCCCCCAAGAGCGCCAGAAAUCCUUCACCAUCAAACCCGUGGGCUUCAAGGACAGCCUGGUGGUGGUGGUGAACUUCAACUGCAGCUGCUCCUGUGAGAGCCAGGCUGAGACCAACAGCUCCUUCUGCAGCGGAGGCAACGGCAGCCUCGAGUGCGGCGUCUGCCGCUGCAACCCCGGGCGCCUGGGCUCGCUCUGCGAGUGCUCGGAGGAGGAGUACAACCCCUCGCAGCAGGACAACUGCAGCCCCCGGCCGGGCCAGCCCCACUGCAGCCAGCGCGGCGAGUGCAUCUGCGGGCAGUGCGUCUGCCACAGCAGCGAUUUCGGCAAGGUGACGGGCAAGUACUGCGAGUGCGACGACUUCUCCUGCGUCCGCUUCAAGGGCCAGAUGUGCUCGGGCCAUGGGAAGUGCAGCUGCGGGGACUGCCUGUGCGACUUGGACUGGACCGGCGACUACUGCAACUGCACCACGCGCACUGACACCUGCAUGUCCAGCAACGGGCUGGUGUGCAGCGGCCACGGCUCCUGCGUCUGCGGCAAGUGCGACUGCACCCAGCCCGGGUCCUACGGGGACACCUGCGAGAAGUGCCCCACGUGCCCGGAUGCCUGCACCAUCAAAAAGGACUGUGUGGAGUGCAAGAAGUUCGAGCGGGGUGAGCUGGUGAAGCAGCAGUCCUGCAGCCGUCUGUGCCGCGAUGAGAUCGAGACGGUGCAGGAGCUGGGGGACAGGGGCAAGGAUGCUGUGAACUGCACCUACAAGGAUGAGAACGACUGCGUGGUGCGCUUCCAGUACUUUGAGGACUCCAGCGGCAAGUCCAUCCUCUACCUUAUAGAGGAGCCAGACUGCCCGAAGGGGCCGGACAUCCUGGUGGUGCUGCUCUCGGUGACGGGUGCCAUCCUGCUCAUUGGCCUGGCUGCCCUGCUCAUCUGGAAGCUGCUCAUCACCAUCCACGACCGCCGGGAGUUCGCCCGCUUUGAGGAGGAGAAGGCCAGGGCCAAGUGGGACACGGGCAACAACCCGUUGUACAAAGAGGCGACGUCGACCUUCACCAACAUCACGUACCGCGGGAACAUGUAAGGAUGCCACAUCCAGAGCAGCCUGUGGGAUCAGAUGGGGAUUGUGGGGUCUCCCGGAGUCCAGUUUACAGAAGAGCUUGUGCGCGUGUGUGUGUCUGCGUGUAAUUUAACAACCCCUCGGCUGCCUUCGGCCCCGUUCUCCAUCACCCCACUGCACUGUAGGGACACGCUUCCCCCACAAACCUCUCGUCCGUACCUCGGCGGGCCGCCCCGCAGGAGCCGGUGGCCCCUCCAUACACUGAACAGGGAGAAAUGGGACUUCCUCUGCCUGGUGAACCUUUGAACUCUUUGGUGCUCGUUGAGCCAAGUGGAUUUUGGCUAGAACCCAAGGCCAAGUUGUGCUCUGCCUGCUCAGGGAUGCCCUCGGGCACUGGACGUGUGAAGUCCCAGCAGGCAGCAGCCAUCGUGUUGCUUUGUGGGUUGAGGACACCACUCAAAACCUGGCAGUUCACGUGUUCCUCAUGUUGCUGUGGUCCAGGAUGGUAGAAAGCAGCCCCCGGGCUGCUUGUGACCUUCCUCCUCCCCUCCACAUGCACCCGCUCUGCACCGCCGGCCACCUCCGUGUAGCAUCAGCUGUGCUGGUCCCAGCUGCAGCCCUGGGAUGGAGCUGAGCUCCCCGUGUCCCCCACCACUGUUUCCUUGUCCCAAAGCAUGUGGACUGCAUUGCCUGUAUGCCGUGAGCCCAGCCCAGGCUCCCUGUGCCUUUCAGGCUGGGUCAUGGCACCGUGCUGGGUUUUCUGUGCAGCUCAGGGUCCAAAUGAGCAGGCAGCCUUCAGGCCCCAUCCUGCUGCCUGUGGCUGUGUAUCACCCACCCGUAGUUUGUCUCCUGUGGAAAAAAUUAGCCUGGGGGGCAGAGUUUGGCCAGGUGCUCUGGACCCUAUCCAGAUCCUGGUAGCUCCGUUCUCAUCAGUUCCACCAAACAGCACCCGUCUUGUGCCCUGUGCCUGCCCUAAGUCCCCAGGCCUGGUCCUGCUGGGGGCUGUGUCCCCUGCUCCCUGCCUGUCCCCAGGGGUGGACAGCAGGGAUGGUGCUGGGGGGCAGCUGGGGCUGAGCCUCACAGCAGGUGGUGGGUGGGCAGAGAUAUGCUCCACGUGGGGGUGCUUCCCAAGGCACCAAAUAAAAACCUCAAACCACAAA